CCCCAGAACAUGCUUGGUUUCCAAAAACUCAACUGAACCGGACGCAUCAUUUUAAAGUGCAAGUAUUGCGGCGGGUUUGAGUUUUGAAGAUUAGUAGCGGGGAGAUGGGGUCUGGUAGGAAGAUGUUGGAGAGCGGGAUUCUGGGAAGAGCUGAGUUCGUGGUACCGGAUGUGUGAUUUUCAAUAAAGUGUGUUCAUUUAGAAGUAAUACACAGUCUACCGAGCUGAACCCCAUUUGAUACUGUGGACAGUUUAAAGAUGGAAUCAGUCCCGAUUAAAGAGGAGCUCCCUAAACUUGAACUGGUCCCCAUUAGACUGGAGUUCUCUGGACUGUCUUCCCUCCCUAUUAAACAGAAGCUCUGUGAGAUGCCAUCUGACAGCAUCAAGUCGGAGGUGUCUGGGAUUAAAGCUGAGCGCAAUGAAUUGGAGAUCUCCCAGACAGAAGAACCCCUUCCUGUGAAUGAAGAGGUGCUGGGAAUGUUACCAAGCAGAACCACGUUUGAUGCCUUGGACAAUGUGAAGAUGGAAUCUGUCCCGAUUAAAGAGGAGCUCCCUAAACUUGAACUGGUCCCCAUUAGACUGGAGUUCACUGGACUGGCUGCCCUCCCCAUUAAACAGGAGCUCUGUGAGACGCCCUGUGACAGCAUCAAGCCAGUGGUGUCUGGAAUUAAAGCUGAGCGCAACGAACUGGAGAUCUCCCAGACAGAAGAACCAGUUCCUAUGAAAGAAGAGGUGCUGGAAAUGGUGCGUAUUAAACUGGAGCCCCUGAAAGAGGAGGUACUCUUGAAACCAGGGAAGGAAGAAUCCGAAGACUUGAAAGCAGUCCCCACUUUGCUGGGUCCGGUACACCUGCGGGAGUGUAGCGUGGUGCUGUAGAGAAU